AUGCCAGUUAAAGACAACCGGUUUAAAACCCUCUGCGAUAAUGCAAAUGAGGUGCAUAAUCACAUCAAGGAAAGAAUCGCGAAGAAAGAGAGAAAACGGAAACUAAAGAAGAAAACCGGUCAAAUACCAUGCAAAAGCUACUUGCAAGAGCUGAUGACCAAGUUGACUGAUGUCAGCUCGUAUCUUGGCCAAAUUUAUCAAGACCCGUUUGAUGAAUUUUCCACUGAGGAUUAUCUGACGUUCUCGAGCGGCCUUCGAGACAGUUUGCAAUUCACAUUUGCACAAGUAGACAAGCUCCUUGAAGGGUCGUCUAAGAAUUUUGAUUCCUCAGAGCUGAGUGCCUUCAUAACGAAGCUUCAUCACAUAACAGAGGAAAUGAAGCUGCUGUUUCCACAGGGUACGUUGAACCAAAAUGUAAUUUGUGUGAAGCCGGAAGUGGAGAAAUGGUGGCAGGAGAACUUUCCCCGAAGAGUGAUUGUUCCGAAAGACGAUUUUUAUAAGGCGUUCUAUGAUAAACAUCGUCGAUUCCAAAACGAUAAUGAGGGUGUACGUGAAACAAUGGCCUUCACCUCCGAGUUGUUUGUGUCCAAGUACCAGCUUGAUCUUUUUACCAGGUGA